UCUACGAUUCCAUGACUCCGGGGACUCUCCCUACCGCCGUGAAUUAAAACCCACCGAAAACCGAACUAUCCGCGAGUUUUCCGCCUUUCGAGAGUCUCGUGAUUCGCGAUUGAUAAAGAAAACAGAGGCCCCCAAAUAAAUAUCCAAUAUGCCGCAGAGUUCCACCAACAACUGGUCGUUCCAGCCACUUCAUCGCCAGCGGAGCAGCAGCGGAUAUCCUCAGCAUGUCCUCAAUACGGUGCCGGAGACCGCAGUGCUUACCACGCCCCCGCCCACGAGAAAACCGCUCACAAUACAAAUUGCUGGCGUUGCUGCAGCGGAAAGCGGACACAAGCGCAGAUUCUUAGCAGCGCGGAAAAAGCCGAAAAGCGCGAUGAAAAUGCUCGCGGACACGGAGCGUGAGGAAGCCCUCAACUUGCAAAUUGAGUUCGAGUGGGUGCUGCGGCAAGAAGUACACGCGAUACUGAAGCAACUGAGGACCAUUCUGGUGGAAUGCGCCCAUCGGUUUCCGGUGCCCCUGUACGAGAACGAGGGAAAGAAGACUGAGAAGUUCAUACUCACCGUGUCGCCCGACCAGCUGAAGGCCGUGCUAACACUAACGGGCGAUGCCAUCACGCAGGCUGACAUUAGCUUUAAGCUGUGCAAGGCCCCGAGCCAAACGCAACGUACCUCCAUCACACAUGACUCGCCCUGGAAGCUGCAGCAGGUCCAGGAUGCGGCCAACCAUCUGCAGACCGCCAUCAAUCACAUAGACGAUGUCGACGACUCUUAUCACUUCAAAACCUCCGACGAAGUGCUGCAUGUGAUAGGCAACAUUCUGGAUGCCCUGCAGCGGGGAAGGAACAGCCUGCUGGUGCCCAAGAAGAAGCCCAUCGACGAGCUGAUCAAGGGGCGCAACAUGAAGUCGCUGGUGCCCAAUCUGCCCGAGGACCUGGCCGUAAGCUUCUACCUGCAGAGCCACAAGCUGAUCAUUGCUGUCUACCAGCUGCUGAACAACCAGGGCACCAUGCGCUUUGACUCCCGCCAGGCGGAGGCCUCCGUCCAGUGGCUAAACGACGUGCUGCUGCUGCUGAUGAAUGGCCAGAAACUGUGCCAGCAAUUAAAAGACAAGAUAUCUGUGUUUUCGGUGUACAAAGAUUUCACAGUUGGCUCGCGUUCGCCCUCAGCGCUUUCCUAUUAGGAAUAGGAGUAGGAAUCGGGAACGGAUACUUCGAUGGAUGGCAACUGUGGAACGGCGACAGAAACAAUAACAACAAUAAUAGCUAAUAAAGAAUCGUACUUGUAAUAGCGAAGUAAAUAAUGUUAGUUGAAAUGUUGCUACUGGAAACGGCACACCCAUAAUGCUAUACACCCAUGCAUACUAUUCUAUACAAUACUAUACCACACUAUACACUAUACUACUGUAUACAGUACAGAGAGUUAUAUACAUACAACUAGUUUAAUGUACACGAUCAACAUUCAACAUUCAUGUUAAAUUACGAUUUACGAUUACGUAGAACCUGAGUUCAUCGCUUCACGUCACUCCAAUUAUGCAUCAAAAUGCAUCUAAAUAGCAUUAGGCUGAGAAUUCAGAAUUGAGAACGGAAAAUGUUUGUGAAAACCAAUUGUGUUUUGUAUGUGUAACUAAAAGAAAUUGCUAGAUAAUUAUAGUUUAUUCGUACGUGUAAUUUAAUGUAAUAUACUAUGUCCCAUUAUUUAUGUUUGCGAAGAUGCAAUGGAAUCCACCAAGUCAGCAGUCAGUCGGUACUUAAAGUCGGUACUUACAACUUAUAUACGCCCCCUACACCCAAGUACAUACGGAUGGGGCACCAACAUCGGCAUUUACAUGAUAUUGUUGUAAUAAACCAAACCGAACCGAAA